CCUUGUCUGCCGACAUAUUUGCCUGAGCCACCAGGCCUCCAGUCAAAAUGAGUGAUAAGCCAGACAUGUCCGAAGUGGAGAAGUUUGACAGAUCAAAACUGAAGAAAACUAAUACUGAGGAAAAAAACACUCUUCCUUCAAAGGAAGCUAUCCAGCAGGAGAAAGAGUGUGUUCAAACAUCCUAAAAUACAGAUGGCCUCUCAAGAGCAAGCGUCAACGUUACCUGAGUUUUCUUGCUUUUAGGCUUAUUUCUGUAAAGCU